GUAAACAUGGCCGACAAGUUUACGUGAGGUCUUCUAAUGUCCUCAUUACAUUAACGGGACUUUAAAAGAACCAUUGUUCGGCAAAGUUGUCAAUUUGAGACUAAAAUUCAGACUAUGCCGAAGCUGUGAUAAAAACGCCUGAAUGUUUUCAGUAUCAGCCAUAUCGUCUUGUUUAGGCUUAAGUAGGCAACAGUUGCUGGAAGGAGUGGUUGCAGGGAAAAAAGGCCCAGUUCACAAGGUGUACUUCACUCCAGGCCACCUGUUUGUUACAGUUCAAGAUGGGCAUAUCCUGUACACAUUUGAUGUGCUGCCAACUUCCCUACCACAGGCAUUGUCAAGGCUGGGAAGCCUAGAUAUUCCAAGUACAGCUGAUGCCAUUGUUGAUGUGUUGUAUAUCAAAAAGAAACCAUCACUUGUGAUAAUAGUGUUUGCUAAUGGCGCAGUUGAUGUUUGGCAGUUCAACCUUGAUAAUAAGUUCACAUGGAUCAAGGUGGGAGACUUUGAACUUUUGGAAGGUCAUGACCCAGAGGUCAAGGUCAUAAGUGUAACCUUGCAUGAUCUUCAUAACACAAUAUAUUGGUGUGAAAGACAUGGCACAGGGGAGGCAGCAAGCUUUAACAUCUGCAAAAAAACUUUACCCCCAGAGUCAGAGCCUGUAAACAGGAGCACUGUGGGCGCCACAGUCACCAUAUUAGAGGGUUCUCCAAAGUGCAGACUUCUGCCUGGGAGGGACUGCCUUAUUGUAUGGCCUGAGUGCCCUGGUCCUCAAGGUUUGUUUUUCAAGUGGUUUCACCAGACCAGCACUCUACAAAGCCACAUCUUGCCCAGUGGAUGUGUCCACACUGAUGACAGAGUCGCACAACCAGUGCAAUAUAAAGACAGUGUGUACAGGCUGCUGGGAAUAUGGUGCCAGACCAGAGACCUCCCUCAAAUAGAAGGUCACAUGAUUCAUCCUGUUACCAAGGCAACUCAUCUGCUCUACCAUGAUGGCUCUACAAGGAUAGUUUGUGAAGAGGAAGGUAUAUACAUAUCAGGGGCAGAUCCAUAG